AUGCAGUUGUUUGCACGAUUUUGGAAUCAGAGCGGCAGUGCGGUCAAACGCGGGGGUGUACAGGUGAUAGCAGUCGAUGAUCUGGUGGUGGUACCACCAGUCAAUGAUGUGGUGGUACCACCAGUCGAUGAUAACAAAGGCUCCAGUCAU